GGUGUCCGACGGCGUCCGGUCCCCAGCCUGAGUCCGGUCAUGGCCCAGCGCCGCGCGGCGCGGAUCCUGCCCCUGGCGCUCGCCCUGGCCGCGGUGGCCGCGGUGUCCCGGGCCCGGGGGUCGCUAGGUGCUCUCUGGUCGGGGCAGGGCUGCGCCGCGCUGGGCCGCUGCUGCCCGGGCCGUGACCCGACCUGCGCCGCCCGCGGGCCCCCGCGCUGCUUCUGCGACCAGGCGUGCGGGGCGGGGCGGGACUGCUGCGAGGACUACGCGCGGGCCUGCCCAGCGGUCCCCUGCGCUGUGGCAAAGUGGAGUGGCUGGAGUCGCUGUGUCAAGCCCUGCCAGGUCUCUUACCGUGUCCGCCAGAGGCAUGUCCUGCAGGAACCAAGGAACGGGGGUGCCCCCUGCCCCCCGCUGGAGGAGCGGGCUGGCUGUGUGGAGUACUGGAGCCACCCAGGAGUGGAGUGCCAACAGUCCUUGCUCCCUGCUCUGAUAACCACAGGCAGCUACGGGAAAGAGCGGAAAAAGCAAGGUGUCCCCAAGGAGCGGGAGACAGCAGGGUACUGUGUCCAGUUCCGGCUGGGGCCCAUUCCCGGGAGCUGCCAACAGGUGAGGGCACCCCAUGCCCGGUGGACAAGGUAUCUGACCCAGGGCCACACGGUGUGUGUGAGGUGUGAGUGGCCUGCCCAGGACGCCAGGAGCCGGCGCUGCUACGGGGAUGGCGGUGGGGCCGAAGGAUAAGAAGAGGACCUCCCCAGGGAGCGAUGGUGAAGGUUAAGGAAGAUCGUGCAAGUCGAGGACUUAGCAUAGCUCCUGGCAUCCAGAAAGAACUCAAGAAAAGGGAGCUGGUAUUGUCAUAAAAUCCUCACAAUUCCCUGAAUAAGUCAAGUUUGGUUACUCUCAUUUUAUAGAUGGGGGACCUGAGGCUCAGAGAGGCAGUGUGACUUAGUCAAGGUCACACAGCAGGAUUUAACCCAGAUUUGGCUUACAUCGGCUCCCUAGACUCAGAAAGCACUUAGCAUACUAAAUGUAACAGUAGCUAACAUUUAUUGAGUGCUUACUAUGUACCGACUAUUUUAAGUUCUUUGUAUUCAUUCAUUCAAUAAAUAUUUGUUGAGCACAUACUAUUGAGCAUGUGCCAGGCAAUGUUUUGGGCACUGGGGAGACGCAGUGAAUAAAGCAGAUGUGGCCCCUGCCCUUCUGGAGAUGACAUUCUGCUGUGAGGAGACAGACGUUAGACAAAUAAAUCUGUAACUUGUCAGACGGGAGAUAAAUGUCAGGGAAAGAAAGCAGAAUGAGAGGGAAGUUCUGGGGUUGUUAUUUUUCAAGGAAAGUGACACUAAGGAGGUGACAUUUGAAUAGAGAUCUGAAGGAAAUGCGGGAGGGAGCCAUGUGGAUGUCUGGGGGAAGGGCAUUCCAGGCAGAGGGAACAGCAAGUGCAAAGGCCCUGAGGUGGGAGCAUGCCGCCAUUGUGGCCGGAGUGGAGUGAGCAAGGGGGAGCGUGGAAGGAGGUGAGGACACGUUGACACACAGUAUGCCGUUGAAACAUUCCAAGAACCCAUAGUGGAUGCUUUUGGGAUCUUUGCUUUCCAGAUGAGGAGACUGAGAUGCAGAGGUGCCCAAGGUCACACAUCUAGCAAGUGACAGAAGUGGAAUUUGAACCAAAACCACUCAGACCCCUGAGCCAAGCUCUGGAGACUAGACAAGACCGUUUCCCACUGACGGCGCUUUCCCAGCGCAGGGACAGUACUGGUGGAAUGAGAGCUCUCUGGGGUCUCCAGUUCUUCUCUCAUUUCUCAAGGUGUUGAUUUCCUUCCUCUUGAAAUGGAGCAGCCCCGCUCAUUGCAAACCCAGGGCUGACGCCAGAUGCGUGUUAGGGACACGUGUCUGAACGAGAGGCAUCGGAACUGCACAGAUCCGGGUUCAAACCCCACCUAUGCGCCUUCCAAGCUGUGUGACGUUGGGCAAGCCCACCCCCUGACCCUGAUAGUCCCCACCACUCUGACUGUGGGGAGGAUCCUGAGCCCUUCGCACAGCACCUGGCCUCUGAUGGAUGCUCGGAAGUGAAAGCUGCCACUGUCGUGUCUAACCUAUGAAAUGGGUAUGAUAAUAGGUACUUUGUGAAAAUGAGACACAGUAGAUGUGAUGGACCUGGCACAUAGCAGGUGUCCAAUAAAUAGAUGGCAGACAAUAUUAUCACACUCUAAGGAGGCCCUUCUGCCCUCUGCCCCAGUGUCUCUCCUACUUACCUGUCCUAGACCUGAGAUCCUACCAUUAGAGGUUCAUUCUUUGGGCUAGAAGCUUACGUCUUAGAACCUCAGUUUAUAUAUCCAUUUUUGGAUAAGCUUUUCUAGUUCUAAGACUCUGAUUAAUCCCACAUUUCUCUUUUGGGAUGCAAAUCCUCCCAAGUGAAGACCAUGGCACUUUGGUGAGGCUGAGGUGAAAUUCGCAGGAACCCCUGACUCCACCAGGUUUGGGCAGGAACGGAAAGCAGAGCAGGGCCGUGCCAGAGAGGGGCAUCUCCCCUGCUCCCACCCUCCCCGGGGCCAGGCUCACCGAACAGGUGGUGGAAGGGCUGAUCGGGGCAUGAGCUCACCAGGCAGGACUGGGCAGAGGCGGAGGAUCAAAGCGAGGAUGGAGACGAGCUGUCAGCUGGAUUCUUUCCCCGGGCAGCUGGCCAGGGCAGUGUGCAAAGGGCCCGACUGGGGAGGGAUCGACCUGUCAGUUGUGCCAGUUGGGGAUUUUCGGAGGGUUUGUUUAGCCUGAGAAGUGUCUCUGAGUUUGGGACAAGAAGAAGGAACACCUGCCAUAGUCGUGCACCUACUGUGUGCUGGGCACCAAGUAGGUGCUUUACAUGUGAGUUCUCAUUCAGGCCUCACAAGCUUAGAACAGGGCCUGGCACAUAAUAGGCACUCAAUCAGGGUUACUUACUAUUGUUAUUAUUUUGUGUUUCUUAAAGAUUUGAAUUAGACCUACAGAGAAUUGGCUAGAACACAUAUGAGCAGGUUAACAAAUGUUUGGAAGGGAGGCAUACCUGGUUAGUCACACCCAGGCAAGGAGUAGAGCCUGACUAGCUUCCUGUCCUCCCCUGGGCCCCCUCCUAACCACAGCCCACCCCCCAUAAAGGAAGCCACCGUCCUGAAUUCUGCGGUGACCCCUUGUCCAGUUUUCCUUCUGGAUCCCUGAGCUCUAUAAUUUACUUUUGCUUUUUUUCAAAUGUUACAUAAAUGAAAUCACACGAUGCGUGCUUUGGAAUCCGACUUCUUUGGCUCGUCGUGAAGUUUGAAGGUUCGUGCGCGUGCCUGCCUUGUAGCAUCAGCUGGUUCAUUCUUGGUGCCGAAAUGGUCAGCCAUUAGUAUCAUGCUCAUUUCUAUUUUCUCUGCACACGUAUCUCGUUGGACCCUCUCCUUUAGAAAGGCGCAGGUGGUGGAUAUUUCUGCUUCCUUUUGAGGAGAAGGCGGCUCCUAGGAGCUGGGUCAUCAACUGAUUUCAGAGCCUGUGCUCUUAACCAUGGCACUGUGUCGCCUCCCAACAGAGGAGGCAGAGGGACACAGGGAGGUUUAGCAACUAGCCUGGUUUUCCUAGCAAGCAUGUAAGAGCACUGCCUCACCAGACCCUAAGAGCUGAGCCUGGACUGCCCCAUGUGGCCUCUGGGGUCGGCUCCCUGGGGCUAGCUCAGGGCCAACUUCUCCAUCAGGCACAUCUUCGUUUCCCUCGGUAGACGCAGGGCCCAGGGUCUACGCACUUCUAGGACCCACGAAAAAUUUUAAAUUUUAAUUUCUUUUAAAAUCAGAAGACGAAAAGAUGUAAUAAUGAAAAUUGAAUAAUGAAUCCAGCCUGGAAUAUUCGUCUCUAGACAAGGCAGUCAUAAACUGGGAUUUAAAAUAUUUUUUGCGUGGAGGAAGAGGCCCACAAAGGCCAACGGCCCUGGAGCCCAGGAGAGUCCUAAUGUGACUGAGGCAGCCCCGUCUCUUGCAGGAACCAGCUGUUGCUGUGGCAGGCGGCCGGCCACCCCCGGUGCCGAGGGACCUGGGAGAGGCUGGGGCGGCCCCGGGACUGCUCCUGCCCCGAGGUCCAC